UGUAAAGAGAAUAAAGACGAUUUUGAUGGAAAGAGAUGGCGAAAAUUUGGGGCAAAAUAGCGCCACAAAUGAACUUAUGAAUAGUAGUAGUUUUGAAAGCAGCACGCAUUCAAAAUGCGAAUUUUACAUUCAUUGUACUUGUCGAUGCACAUCCAUACACAAUAUGCAAACCGAGAUAGAAAGAGAGAAGGCCUGAACUUGAUGAAAAAGGAAACCGGAUAGAUUGUUUGGUCGGAUACACUGAAAUGUAUGCACAAAUUUGCGAAUUGAAACCUACCGAAAUGUCACAAUUGCAACUGAAAAUUUACUCGCAUCAAAGUGAUAUAGAGUCAUUGCAUAAAACCUCCGUCCCCCUCCACAUUUGCUAUGAGAAUCAUGCCGCAUUGCUCAGCACUAACCGAUUUCGAACGUUUCAAACUACAAACACUUAUAUUGAUGUAUGCAUAAAUGUCGUCGUAAAUUUGUGAGUUUGACCGCAAAUUUUCCCAUCCGCACACAUAUGUUAUUAUUGUGAACGUCGAACAGGAUAUAGGGAGAGUCAUGCAUUGUGGCUGGUUGCCGGCAUUUUAUCCUUCCAUUCUCUCAUUCGAUGCACUAUGUCCGACGGCAUGCACCACAACUGGCCGAGUUUUGACUAUAGAGUGAAUAAUUUCAAUGAGAUAUUUGUGUGAUAACAUUCAUCACGACACAACUAUCGUACAAAUUCAAUCUUUUAUUCGGUGCAGAAUGUGUUCCAUUAGCAUUUAUGCAGUAGUUGCACAUAUAAAAUAUUUGUUUUCAUCUAAUUGGUGUUUUGCUCCACACAACCGUUCGCCAUGGUAUCAAAACCCUACAAAAGCUCCAUCCACUCUCUCUCUCUCUCGCUGGCUCUCUUUUUCUCACCCUCGUCGGCUCGCAUAUAUGCCAAAUGACAGUGGAAAAUAUGCACUUUUACACGAGUUUCAAACGUUUUUUGAACAUUUGCCGGCAAACAACCACGAACGCAAGAACAACAACAGCAACAAGACGAGAAAAAAAACGAAUUGGCAAACGGGGCAGAUAGUCGAGAUUCCGUAAUUCACGAGCGAAAAGCAUCAUAUAUACGUAAACCCUUUUCGGAUGGCCAUUUCAAAAUUGUUUAGCCUGUUUUAAUCCGUUGAUUGCAUAAAAAUAUUUUCCAGUCCAUGUUUUUCUCGCUCGCUCGCUCGCUCUCUCUCUCUCUCUCUCUCUCUCUCUCUCUCUCUCGAUCCAUCGCCAACAUUCCAUUCGAUAUACGGGCUAUGUGGAACAGCAAUUGUUUUUGAUACGUGCACUUUUAACGAACAAAAAUAAAAUUACGUUAUUCCAACUAUGAUGGAAAUCUGAAUGCGCUUCUGCCGACGGAAUAUAUAUUUUUUUCAUUCUCUCCCUUAAACAUCGCCAGAUUGCCAUUUUCCAUAAAAGCACGGUAUUUUUGUUCACGCCGCUUUACAUACAACCAAAAUUGGAUCAUUUGUAGCACAACUGAAGCUCGACUUUUGUAUUUCGUUCAAAUCACGUUUUCCAUUCAAAAAGUGCUUACACUUUCAUUUUUUCUCCGGUUGCCUUUUUUGUCUGCAGCAAAAAAAGGAGUAGAGAAUAAAGCUCAAAUUAAUUCAUGGUGUCCAUGUGUGUGUGCAGAUACCAAAAAACUACAGCUGUGUAUUAGACAUGUAUGUAUAAUGUCACCACCGUAACCGAGACGAACGUGAAUAAUUAAGCAUGGAAACACCAUCGAAUCGAGCAUAUACGAAAUUCGGGUAAUUCAAUUCGAAAAUGACAAGUCGACCAUUUGCGGUUUGGCUGCCACAAGACAUUUCGGUCAAACUCUCUCUCUCUCUCUCUCUCUCUUUCAAACAUUCGAGUCCAACGAAAUAGUUGUGUGGCAUAUUUAUUUGGAAACUUUGUGCAAAUUCGCAUUUCAAUUUUGUAAAUUGAAUUCCCCCAAAAACUUUUGCCGUCCAAACCGAAAGUAUGCGAUAACGAAUGUGCCGGGCAAAUUGGAUCGACUAAUGUGCUGCUAUGCUAAUACGAAUAAACUGAAAUUGUCCAACCGAAAUUAAUACCACCUCCUCCACACACACACACACACAUACUACAAAUCACUCGAAUAGUUUGAAUAAAUUUUGGGCAAGAAAAAUGCCAUCACGAACGGAAAAAACAACAGUGAGAGUCGCUCUCUCUCUUAAUUUGGGGAGUGCGUCAAAAAUAAAUCACAGAUUACUGCAUAAUAAAUAGGAUUGUGAUUUUCGUGACAGUCAAAUUAAUCGCGAUGUAAAUGUUCAUACACACACAUGCAACUGAAUAAAAACGCACACACACACACACACACACACACACUAACGCACAAGUACAAUGGGCUUUGCAUCCGAUUAAGCGUUUCGCUGCAUAAAAGCCCAUUAUUGUUUUAAUUAUGUAAUGAAAAUCUCGGUGCAGCAGUGCAUUCAUUUAUGUUGGAACAAGCAACACUGUAUGCAAUUAUAAAUCAAUGUUUUUGGUUUGGUUUGGUUUGGUUGUUAUAUCGUCACACAUAUGUCGCGAUGCUCGUUUAUUUUUGUACUCGUGUGUGUCUGUGUGCAUUUACGAAAAGAGCAACUUCAUAAUCGAAACACAGUGGGUGUGCGCUUUAAUUCAAUGCUCGAGAGUCGAAUUUCCACAGCGGAUAGGGAUAGUAGAUAGCGGUACAGAGACAUUGGCAAACUACACGGCAAAUUUGUAACCCAUCGGUUCGGUGUUGGGUCAAAAGUGUACGGGAUAUAAACUAAAGUAUAAUUUGUCCAUAAAUAUCAAUAAUAAGCGAUGGAAUCAAACGGAAAAUAGCAAACCAGCGGCCGCAAAUCGAACACAUUUUCACAUACAUACAGACACACAGUCACAUCUAUUGGGCGCCAAUUUCGAAACCCCACAGCACCAGAGUAUCCUAUCAAUUGUUGGAACGUAGUUGGAGAGAGCGUCGAGCACGUAUUUACCAGUGAUAAAAUAUGAAUGCAAUCCGAUAUUAUUCGUGUGCAGUGUUGGCGCUGUGUUUUCAAUUAUCAUGCUCGUUGGCACCGCAUGAGCUAACGUUUUUGAUCAUUAGUCAGAAUUUCUCAUUCAGUGCCAAAUUAGCGAAUGAACUGAAGAACAACAUACUGCAUCAACUGAGAAUCGAAGCAUUCUUAAAUAAUAAUGAGAUCGAUUUAGUGCAACAGCCGAAGAUAAUAUUGUCGCAUGAAACUUUCAACAGUAUUGGAUCGUGGGCGAUUACACCGAUUUUGGCUUCAUCAAUCGAAUAUAUCGAUAAUAUCAUUUUGUCAUCUCGUAACUUGAAUGCAGCAGCAACAGAAGCAACGGCAUCAGCACGAAAAGCAAAUGCGCUGCCAGUCAAUGUGACAGCAACGGCACCACCGCCGGAGGCAUCGCAAACCAAAUGGUUGAUUCUCUGUGAAGAUCAAAGUAUUGUCGAUUUGAAAGCUUUAAUAAAUAAUCUCCAGAACGAAGACUACACCAAAAAAAAAUUUCUGGGUUAUGGUCUUCGUGAUGCUGAAGCAACAAUCAUACAUCACUUUGCUUUUUUCGAAAAUCCUUCUUGGUUUCUGUAUCCAUUAUUUCGAGCCGGCGUCGCAAUCAGUAUACCGUUGCUGAAAAUACUAGCCGAACGAGUAAGAAGUGAAAAGAAUGUGUCCGACUUUUUCAUUGAUGCAUCGCAUGAACUGUCGCUGUUCGCAUGGAAUAAGGGCAAAGGGCAUCAACUGACCGAAGCGCCAUACUUUUGUUUGGACCGUAAAUCCAGUAAAACGAGCAGGUCAUCAACGCUAGUACGACAAGGCAAUGACGGUGAAGGAAACGGAUGUGCAAUUUACAGUCGCAGUCAUGAUGACAGCAUUACCCAAUCCCAUUUGUAUUCGCCUGACACAGCAACCGGAACAACUAAGUCAUCAUUUACUCCGGUCGAUGUGACAAUUAAUCAAAUAUUCUUUGCCAUUAAAACAUGGUCAAAGAACCAUGAGGAUCGCGUACCGGUCAUUCAACGAACAUGGGCCAAGGAAGUAAAACACAUUCGUUAUUACAGCGAUGUUGCCGAUCCAAACAUACCAACAAUAAGUACAAAUAUAGAAAACACAGAGCAUGGGCAUUGUGCCAAAACGUUAGUCAUUUUACAACGGGUUUGGGAGGAAAUAAUAGCAAAUAAGCAACUGAAACCAAUCAAAUAUGUAGUUUUAAGUGAUGACGACACAUUGUUCGGAGUGUCAACAUUGCUGGGAUACCUGAAGCGAUUCAAUGCAAAUGCUGAUGUUUAUCUUGGCGAGAGAUAUGGCUAUCAGUUGCUCUCUCGGAAUGGUUUUAAUUACAUAACUGGCGGCGGUGGCAUCGUAUUUAGUUUGAGCGUCAUUGAGAAGCUCGUUCAAAAUUGUCGGUGUCCAUCAUCGUCAUCACCGGAUGAUAUGAUUAUCGCUCUUUGCCUGCAACGCAUUGGCAUCGAACCAAUUCACUCAUCACGUUUUCAUCAAGCCCGGCCAAUCGACUACCCGGAGGAGGUUUUAUUAUACAAUAAACCGAUUUCAUUUCACAAAUUUUGGCAAAUUGAUCCAUAUUAUGUAUACGAACAUUGGCUGCGACAAAGUGACACAAAUGUAGUUGAAGCCAACAAAUACAAAGUAGGACACGGCAAUGAGUAUUAUUGCAGUAAAAAUCAAAAUGAAUUAUGUCAUAGGAACAUUUAUGAUGGGAAUAAUUAAAUAAACAUGUUUGUUUAUGUUUAGAAUUGAGUUGAAUUCGACUUGAAGAAGAAAAAAUCAAAUAAACUCUUUUUUCGAUGUUAUGCAUGUUUUUCUGUCAAACAACUGAGGCUGUAACUGAAAUAAAUGAUCAAAACUGAGAAAUAAAC